CUGUAAGGGAAUUAUGGCCGAACAUGGGAUAACAGAAGGAAGACCAGCCAAAAAUGGUAAAAGCUAUAACUGAUUCAAACUAAGCAAAAGGUGGCAGAGAGAAAUGCAUUGAUUGAGAAAAACAUAGGUCCUCCUUUGUAGGAGACCAUUGAGGAAUAACAGCAAAACCUCCUUUCGUAUUAUGGACUUUUUAGCAUGCAACACGUUUCUCUUUUUCUUUCUGUUGAGAACCCCUGUUUUCUUCCAAUCAGGUACAUUUCCUCCUUGAGAAACAAAACACUUCUCCCCACGACACUUCAAUCCCAUAAUCUAGGAACACAAAUUCCAUUAGUAAUUCAAGAUAGAAACACCAAUAAACAUAGUAGUAACCUGGUUUUGACUUUUCUGUAGGUUAAUUGAUCAUUUCGCAUUCAUCUACAUGCUUCUAACUAACAUGCAUUCACAUUUUUUUACCAUAACUCGUUAAUCAUUCCUACCACUUGUUCUUUUCAGGGGUCCAACCGUUUGUAGGUGGUGUUUCCGGCAACGUGCUCUUCUGGAUACAAACCUUUGGCCGGAAACCAUAAUUAUGUGCUUCAUGUGAAUUCUGAGAUACAGUAACAAUGUCUUCCUCUCCUCACAACAGUUCUCCAGAUAAUGAAAUACCUGAUGAUUCCACCCCAGACAACAGCACCCCGGACAACAGCACCCCUGAUGACGCUGACAACUCAUCUUCAACACCAUCAAAUUCAUCACCGCCACCAUCUCCACCGCCACCUUCAUCGCCACCUCCAUCUCCUCCACAAUCAUCUUCAUCUCCACCUCCGCCAACCCCAUCAGAAAAGUCCUCUCCUUCCCCUCCAACAUCAACCAAUCCAAGCCCGCCAUCACCCAAUACUUCCCCACAGACACCUUCUCCACCCGCUUCAUCACACUCUCCUCCCUCUUUUAAAUCACCCACUCCUCCACACAAAUCAUUGCAACCUCCAACCGCUUCAAAAAAUAGUGGCAGUGGCAGUAGCGGUAGUGGUAAACAUGGAAACAGCGAUAGCAGUGAUCGUGGCAGACACGAUAACAGUAAAGCAAUAGUUGGAGCAGUGCUUGGGGUGGGGAGCGUGCUUCUUGUUUUGGUCAUCGUCUGCGUUAUCUGUUCCAGGAAGAAGAAAAAGAAGAGAAUGUACUAUUACGGAGAGCAAUCAUUCGGAAAAGGGAAUAACAACUAUUACAAUAGUGGGCAACACCAGGGUUAUUACGGAGGUCCACACGGGGACCAUGUUGUGAGGGUGCAAAACGGAAUGGUUCCCGGUGGUGGUGGUGGGGGUGGGGGUGGAGGUGGUGGUGGAGGUGGGUGGGGUGCACCACCUCCUCCUAUGAUGCAUAGCGCUGAUAUGAGCUCCAACUACUCGACGGGACCACCCCCUUUGCCUCCUCCCUCACCAACCCUUGCUCUAGGCCUCAAAGGUGGCACCUUUACUUAUGAGGAACUAUCUGCUGCCACCAAUGGAUUCGCUGAUUCAAAACUGAUAGGACAGGGUGGCUUCGGUUAUGUCCACAUGGGUGUGUUGCCUAACGGAAAGGAAGUGGCAGUUAAGAGUCUAAAAGCAGGAAGUGGACAGGGAGAACGAGAGUUCCAAGCUGAGAUUGACAUCAUCAGUCGUGUCCAUCAUCGCCAUCUUGUGUCACUCGUUGGAUACUCUAUUUCUGGCGGCCAGAGAAUGUUGGUCUAUGAAUUUAUUCCCAAUAAAACCUUGGAAUAUCACCUUCAUGGUAACUACUACAUAUAUGCAUUCUUUCAAUCUAUGUCACUUUAG